GUGGAUUGCCACUCGCGAUGCACGCGCAGUACAUGCACCCUCCAUGGGCCAUGCAGCAGCGAGCAAUGCAGCAGCGGCAGAAGCAGCACAUGCUUCGCCAGAGCAUACGUGAACUCCAGCAAACGACGCUGCGCGACGUCGUGCGCGACCGAAACGCCGCCAUGUUGCAUCAGCUCCACGAGAUCCACCAACAGCUCCACAACCUUGACGAGCAAAGAAAGCAUGCCGCGAUGGCGGGCCUGCUCGAGCAGAUUCUCCAUGAACAGAAGCGGGUGGAGCAGCUCUUGGACGCCUCCCAUCCAUCCCGAACUAGCCGACUUCCUCCACAUGAACCGGAAAUCGAGUUGCCUCUCGCGGUGGCUCCGUCCCCAUCUCAGCAAAAAGAGGCCGAGGCAGGCGCGCGGCAAAAACUGCACCAGUCACCACCACACGGCGCCAUCAAAUCUGCGGCUCCCCCUCCAUCCCGUGCACCAUCCAGACCGGACGGACGCGACGGUUUUUCGCCGUCGCGAGAACAGCCAGCAUCAUUAUCACCCCCACAGCAAGUGGGCACGUCGCGAGAGCAAACAAUACUUCACCAAGCCAAGCAGGAUAUCACGACGAAAGAUGCCCCGGUCAGGAUGCUGGGGGUUCUCUUUUCAGAGGAGGAAGAGCAGUUGCUGGCCAUUCCUGAAGACGACACCGACGCAGCCGACAUUGUAAUUGCCCCCACAACGAAGCAGAGCGACGCAGCUGCGCAGGAAUUGAAGCGACUCGAAUCGAUACGGCGCAAGGCGCUGCUGCAGCACUUGAGUCCUUCCACAACCGGCCUCAAGCGGCCAAAGUGGCGCCUGGAUGCAGAUGCCGCCAACGGCGUCGUCUCGACGUUUGGUGAAGCGCCCAUGGCCCCGCUGCAAGUGUUUCGGUCCGUGGCGGUGGCGGUGCUUGGUCUUGUCAGGUUACAAAACCUGUCUUUGGUCCGUCGGAGGAACCUUCGCGAGGAAGAGAAGCAAGUGAUGGCCAACAUGAUCGACGUGUACGUGGAGGCGACGCGAUCGUGGAUGGCCAAGGAGAUGCGCGUGCCCGUGGCGUCCGUCCUGCAGGACCCGACCAUGAACUUUGGUACGGGCAGCGGCGGCGCCAAGAUUGGCGUCAAGAAGAAGUUUGGCGCCUUGCUCUUCGCCAACAAGGCGGCACCCAAGCCUGCCCCCCACGCCCUCGUGCAACUCAAGGUCAGGCUCAAGGGGAUCGUUGAUGCAGUGGCCAAAACCACCGUCAAACCUCAAGACACCCCCGACGCCAUUGCAACCUUCCUUCGCCGCCUGACGACGGACGGAGUCUACUUUCCUGCUGACUUCUUGACGCCAGACGAGCGCCGUGCCCUGGAAUUCAACUCUCUCGGGGCUACGCGCAACAUGGACUCUGCCCAACGUUUCAACGUCGUCGUGCUCAACUUCAUUGUGGUGCGAAUCGUUGUGCCAAGCUUGGUGCUUCGCCCGUGGGAAGGACCGAUGGCGAGCAAAGCGACCCCUCCCCUCCAAGUGCAGCACAACCUGCGCGUGCUCGCGACGGCGCUGUACACGGUGUGCCAGCAGAUCCUCCCGACCGUCUUGCUGGAUGCGGGAUCGGCUGCCCCGACUCCAGAUCCGAGUGCUACGACGCCGCCAUCCCAGAACGAACACCUCCCGAACCUGGCACGGAUCCCCUCGAUGUUGUAUUCCAAACACGUCCUGCCCCUCGACGACGUCGACUUUGCCGAGUUUCUCCUCCAGCAACAGGACAAUCUGCAGACGUGGCUGCUCCAGCUCCACGACAUCGUGCACUCUGACCAGCCACUAGCCAAAGACACCAAGACAACUCCACAGCCACUUUAACUUGUUCACCUGCCAAAGUGCUCCCGCACAUGGCCACGUCUCUGAUUGCGCUCGUAGCCAUGCAGUGGGAUGGCCGCGCGAGGCAUAGCAAUCCUGCCGAGUCGUGAGCCUGUCGUGCAUCUUGCCCCGUUGUAGGGCCACGCGAGCCCAACCCCACAUGAGAAAAAGUUGCAAUCAAAACGACCUUCACAGCGACCA